AAAUGGUGAGAGGAGGCUCAGACCAGGCUCGCGAAUGGCCCGCAGCGAUCAUUUAACUGCACCCGCACAGCAGUUAAGGCUUGUCACUCGACCCUCCGGAAUCAUCUCACGUGUCCCCACUGAGACUCUAGGGCUCUGCCGGAGCCCGGCCUCUCGGUAGCUGGAAGCACCUCCUGCCUCGGGCAGCGCGGGUGCAGGGUACACGUUGGCGCACAUGCGCGCGCGCACACGAACACGCGCAAGCCCUGAGGUGCGCACCGAUAUCGAUAUCCGUGAGGGUUUAGCGGUUCUGCGACCCAGAGUCCAGGGAGAUCCACCGAGUGGAGCCUGGCGUAUAGGACCAUGCAGCCGCCUUGUGGCUCGGAGCAGCGGCCCGCGAUGUCCCAGCCACUGUGAACCAUUUGGUCAGCGCCAACCUGCUCAGCCCCAGCACCGACAAGGCUCAGCCUCUGGUACGCUCCACUCUGCGGGAGGCCACCAGCACCAAGCAGCAAGAGGGCGCAGGGAAGGCCUCCCCCCUCCGUCGGGGGACGCCUGGCUCAGCGUAGGGACACGCACUCCGACUGACUGGCACUGGCAGCUCGGGAUGUCGCCCUGGCCGAGGUGGCAUGGACCCGCCAUGGCGCGGCUCUGGGCCUUAUUCUUGCUGGUCUUGGGCUUCUGGAGGGCCUCUCUCGCCUGCCCCAUGUCCUGCAAAUGCAGUGCCACUAGGAUUUGGUGUACUGAGCCUUCUCCUGGCAUCGUGGCAUUUCCGAGGUUGGAACCUAACAGCAUUGACCCGGAGAACAUCACCGAAAUUCUCAUCGCAAACCAGAAAAGGUUAGAAAUCAUCAACGAAGAUGACGUCGAAGCUUACGUGGGGCUGAAAAACCUUACAAUUGUGGAUUCUGGCUUAAAGUUUGUGGCUUACAAAGCGUUUCUGAAAAACAGCAACCUGCAGCACAUUAAUUUCACACGAAACAAGCUGACAAGUUUGUCCAGGAGACAUUUCCGCCACCUUGACUUGUCUGACCUGAUCCUGACGGGUAACCCAUUCACAUGUUCCUGUGACAUUAUGUGGCUCAAGACUCUCCAGGAGACUAAAUCCAGCCCCGACACUCAGGAUCUGUAUUGCCUCAACGAGAGCAGCAAGAACACGCCCCUGGCGAACCUGCAGAUACCCAAUUGUGGUCUGCCAUCUGCUCGUCUGGCUGCUCCUAACCUCACGGUGGAGGAAGGAAAGUCUGUGACCAUUUCCUGCAGUGUAGGGGGUGACCCACUCCCCACCUUGUACUGGGACGUUGGGAAUUUGGUUUCGAAACACAUGAAUGAAACAAGCCACACACAGGGCUCCUUAAGGAUAACGAACAUUUCAUCUGAUGACAGUGGAAAGCAAAUCUCUUGUGUGGCAGAAAACCUUGUAGGAGAGGAUCAAGAUUCUGUGAACCUCACUGUGCAUUUUGCACCAACUAUCACAUUUCUCGAGUCUCCAACCUCAGACCACCACUGGUGCAUCCCUUUCACGGUGAGGGGCAACCCCAAGCCAGCGCUUCAGUGGUUCUACAAUGGGGCCAUACUGAACGAAUCCAAGUACAUCUGUACUAAGAUACAUGUUACCAAUCACACGGAGUACCACGGCUGCCUCCAGCUGGAUAAUCCCACUCAUAUGAAUAAUGGAGACUACACCCUAAUGGCCAAGAACGAGUACGGGAAGGAUGAGAGACAGAUCUCUGCUCACUUCAUGGGCCGACCUGGAGUUGACUACGAGACAAACCCAAAUUACCCUGAAGUCCUCUAUGAAGAUUGGACCACACCAACUGACAUGGGGGAUACUACGAACAAAAGCAAUGAAAUCCCCUCCACGGAUGUUGCUGACCAAAGCAAUCGGGAGCAUCUCUCGGUCUAUGCCGUGGUGGUGAUUGCGUCUGUGGUGGGAUUCUGCCUGCUGGUGAUGCUGCUUCUACUUAAGUUGGCGAGACAUUCCAAGUUUGGCAUGAAAGGUUUUGUUUUGUUUCAUAAGAUCCCACUGGAUGGGUAGCUGAGAUAAAGGAAAGUCAAGGCUGGGGCUGUGGUGCUUGGUGCUUGACGCCCGCCCUGUGAGCUGAACUCUGGGACUACUGUUGCCUAUCCCAGGAAGUGCUGCUUGUUUGGGGGUGUCUGGUGGAAAUGAGUAUUCUUCGAGGAUGUCCGCAGCCUGCUUGUUGUGAGCUGUGACUGGGGAACCCCAAGGCAGAGGCAGGGGUCAGGCAGCCGAGAAGCAGCGGAAGAACACACUUAGAUUCGCCUUCUGUUCUUACAAUAGUUCAAAUAUAGAAUCGAAGUGAAAUCUCAUUGGACUCUGCCUCUCUAAUGAAAAGUGAGCUGUUUGACCGUAUGGGAAAUGUGCUGACACUAACUGCUUCUGUUUAUUAAAGGUGAUUUGCAAAUUAAAAACUAUGCAUCUAUCAUCUAUCCAUCUAUCAUAUAUCUGUCUGUCAUCUAUUUACCUACCUCUCUAUCAUAUCAUUUCAUAUCUAUCUAUCUAUCAUCUAUCUAUCAUCUAUCUAUCUAUCAUCUAUUUAAAGUCAUAGCUAGGUUGAAGUGCACACUAAAAGUCUAAUCCUUACAUAACACCUGUUUCAGCAACAUUUUCUGUCCUCUAACCCUUGCUGACUUCUGUGAUGUCCACCUACAACCUAGUGACUGAUAGACUUAAGGACACACUUAUGGUGUCAUUAAUAGGUUCUUUGUUUUGCUGGCAGCAAAGUCCCAAACGCUUAGCUUAGGUGUCAGAGCACAUAAAGCCAACAGUUGCUUUUAAAAUCCUCGUGGCAGGUAGAAUGGAGCAGCCCCGGGGACUCCACAGGGCCAGAGUGUGGACUUGAAUUAACCAUGGUCUGAGAAGAACUAAUGGCAGAGUAUAUGCAUAUAGGGAUUAAAAUCUUGUCCCUCCCCAUUGCCCUCUGCUAACCACCUGCCCUUUAGAGGUUUGCCUAGCUCAGGAGAGGGCCUCACAUCUCAUGCUGUUUGAAUUACAGAGCUGUAUCUCUCUAGUGUGAAUAGGCCUGCAAGCUGAGCUGUUGGCCCGCUGUGAGCCAGCGGGAAAGCAUGCUGGGGACAGUCCCUGCCCUACUGCUGUGUCCUGACCCAGCAGCAAAGAGGUGGCGGGCUGCUAAUGAAUGCAUGCUUUAUAGCUGUCCCUUCUCUUGCUGAAAGAAUAGCCUCUUAGCUACCAAUCCCUGUGGCCCCCAACCACUCCCCACUUGCAUCUCACCCAAGCACCCCUCUCUCCUUCACUUUGUCCUGGAAGUGGCCUUUGUGGGAUCUGUCCCAUCUGCACCAGGCGCCUCUUUGUCCAUCCCCUCCACUCUCACUUUAGGUCUCCUUCAGAGCCAGGCUGGGAUAUUUCAUUUAAAAACCACACUCCGCUCUAUGACACACUCACACACAGAGCAUAGCUAGAGUGGAAACUUAUUAACAUUCCUUUUUUGAAAAGUAAUUUAUCUCUAAGGAUUUAUAGGUUUUUCUCUUAACAAUCCCAGCAUAUUUGGGAACUAUUUUGAAUCUUCUGUAAGCAUGUUCAUCAAUCUUAAUAAACCAGAGCCCAUUUAGGCCCUACUUGACAUAAGGCGGAUACUGUGCUGUUUUAUACUGAGCCACUCUGGCUUUGCUCCACUUGGGUCUUUUUGUAAGUCUGUGGGUUAUAGUGUUUGCACUGGCCGUCCACACUGCUUGAGAGGGCCGGACUCUUCCGCAGACCUCGCAAAGGCUUUGUCUGCAGGUGCACCGUGGGUCUCGGCACAGAGAGCCCUGAACACCCCCACUGCCCAGUUUGCUGCAGCUCAGUGACAGAUCCUGUCACUACUGAGAUUUCUGUCUUUCCCAAAGGUGUGAGGCCAGCAAAUAGCAGGUAUCUUGACCCCUGAAAGGAAAGUGAAAUUCAAACUGCCAGCCAGGCACGGUGUGGCAAACACUCUUAAAUAUCGGCCAUUUGGCACCAAAAUCAAAACAAAACAAAACAAAACAAAACAAAAACCUUCAGCUUUGAUGUUGUUCCGUGGGGGCCAUACGAGGAUGAUGGAUUAUUUAAAGGUUAUUUUAUAAGUUCCUCGACCAGAAAGAAAAAAAAUGGGGGAGGGAAUAAUGUCAGUUAACUGCUAGGAGAAAUAUAGUAAUUUUUUGUUCUAAAGAAGUGGACAGAUAAGGAGGUUUAAUAUCAAGCGUCGCUUGGCUUGGCGUCCUCCGAGGGAGGAGCAGAGCAGCAGGCUAUUAGAGAAUUGCUUCUUAUGGCUCCUGUGUUCGUUGCCUUUCUUCUUUGUGACCCCCAAGGACUGCCACCAGCCACACAGCUUUUCUUUCUUAUACUCUUCCUUUUAUCCCUGGCUUUCUUUUGUCCCCUAGAAGAAAUCUGCUCCUUGAGGAUUCACAACGGCAUGUAUUUUAUUUUUACAGAGCCAGGAAGGGAGAAGGGGCAUUUUUUUUUUGCUGGAGUUAGGUCUGUGGCUCUCUGACAGGAAUUGGCAUUACAGUGCCAGGCAAGUCUCCACACACACAGUGGUCCAGGUGAGCCAGCACCUGCCUAACCCCCAGGAGUAGCUGUCACGAAGCCAGGAACAUCCCAGGGAGCAAGGACCCAAGUUUCCAAAUCUUAUUCUCCAGGGAAGAUGUGAAACCUGGAUUUUUAUAUGAAACAUACCUAUUUUUAAAAAGUUGGCUCAGUUAUUUUUAAAACAUUAUGUAGGCCAACAAAGCCUGCCUGUGGGCCGCCAGUCUGUUCCUUCUGUCUUAGAGAGAGACAUUGUUCCCCACUGUAUCUGUCUGUCUUUCCCUGCAAACUCUCUCUCCCUGCCUACCCCUGACAGCUGCGUUAAGCAAGUUCUGACAUGAACUUCAGUCCAAAGAUGCACAACUGUCUGUUACCCUGUGACUCCCACCUAGCUGUGACCCCAGGCCCUGUCACCUUGCUGGGUUGUUCUUACAGCCCUGUCUUCCCGCCAGUCUCCAAGCACAGAGCCAUCUUGGGUCUUAGCAAGCACUUUCCUCUGUUUUAUCUGACACAAAUCCCUUCUCUCUAAGUUCCAUGUCUUCUAGACUCUGAGGAGAGCAGAAUGAGAUGAAAGGCUCCCUCCCCGAGCUUCAUGCUGUCCUUAGUGGACUGAGGGCCUAGAGAGCAUCACCUCAAAGAGAUAUGGUUCCCCAGCUUGUUGACCCACCAUGGUUGGAUCUCGGAGGCCCUCUCAAGCAACUGAGCUCGAGUAAGAAACAGCCAAGGCAUAACAGCCUCCAGCAUAGGAACAGUCCUCAGUCUGAAGAGGGCUGUCUCCCAGCAGGAGACACGAGCCCGGUAUUAGAGAGAGUCAGCUUAGCAGUUCCCCCUCCCACUCCUCCAGUCUCAGGCCUCCCCACAGCAAAGACAACUGGGGCAUUCCAUCUUCAUCUUGGUCCUCUGUUCUUCUGGGUCCUGAACUAGUAGCUAGGGUCUUGAAGCCUGGGUGCGAGAGAACAGGGCGGGGCACUUCCUUACUCCUGUUACCCCCACCCCCUAUCCUCAUCUUUCUAAACUGACCCCAUGAUAGACAGAGAAUGUUUUCUGGUUUUGUUGGCUGCUCUGCCUAAUUAUAACACACUCAUUCCACCCCCCCACCCCCCCCCCACCUCUUGCAAACUAGAUUCUCAAGCCUGUGCUGACUUCUCUCUGAGGGGGUGAUUCACACCUCCACCUGCCUUGAUGUAUUCUGUCUAGAAUCCCUCCCUUCGCUUCCCUCUCAUUCUUUCACACUCUAAUUGAAACUCACUUCAUCUUGUUUGGUCUAGACUCAUGGGGAGGGCUCUGUUGAAGGGGAAUGGUUCCUUGCAAUGCGAGCUCAGGAGGUGGCUGCCUCCAGCUGUGUGGGCUGUGCCAGGCACUCCGCUUUAUGAUGACAGAGCUCCUGGGAUCUGUAGCUCAGCAGAUCUGAUUCCAAGGAACCUGGUACAGAAACUGCCAUUAAGAACAUUCUGACCCUUUUGCAUACCCUCAAAAUACUUAGCAAUCUGUCGAGUUUACCUAAGGGCACCUGGGACAGCUGAGGACUCUCCUGAAUUUAAAUUGCUUUGGGGUGAGUGCUGCCAGGCUGAAAUUAGGUUGACAGAAUUCCCAGCCCAGAAAGUUAUAUGGCAAUGUCUGCUCCAGAGGCAGCUUCCCAGUGUGGAUAGCCAUUUGCUUGUUCUGGUCACAGAGGCAAAGGGACCUCCCUGCUACUUGAGCAUGACAUUGAUCAUCCACUCCACAUUUAAUCUGGACUCACACUUCAGGGUAGUCAGUGAUAGCAAAGCAACUCCCAAACCCACACUACAACCCAUUGUCUGUGUUCUGAGUCUUAGUUUUCUUUGGGGGAGGGGAGAAAAAUAUAUAAGAAGCAAAGCAAAGAACCAGAAUUUUCUCACCAGCUUAAUUUUAGCCAAUGCAUUCAUGAGCUCACAAACAAAUAUGAAGUAGCAAGAUAUUCUCAAGAAAGACAUGUCCCUGGGUUUCAUCCCUGUUGGGUCCAAACCCAUCUGCUGGAAUCCAGAGGCUGCUCGUGACUCACUGUUGGGCCUUCUUUUUCCCUAUAAUAUUCUGGGUUUUCAAGUCUCUUUUUCCACAUUUCCUGUAAACAAUGCAUCUCUUUUUUAAAAAAGAUUUUACUUUUAAGUGCUGUUUUAACAAUGUGGCUAGACUAUAAAUGUACUUGCUGAAUUCAUCCAUUUCUUUAACAAGCCAAUAAAGUUUUAUGAUUCAUC